CUUAUUCAUGUUGAUAAUGUAAAACCAACAAAGACAUUUCAUUAUGCUAGAAGUAGAUACGUCGAAAUUAUCAAACCUGAGGAUUUGAUGCAGAAACAUUGGGAUUACGAGUGUAAUAAACCUAAAUCUCGAAAUGGAUAUGCUCGAAUUAUACAAACUACUUAUCGAAAUUAUAAGCAAAAACCUGAAUCAGAAUCCAGUAGAACCUGGGAAGCAGUCAGAAAUGAUAAUACUUCCAAGAACAAGAAGUUUUUAGGUAUGACUCCUCAAAAAAUAAGAGUUCCUGAAACUUCUUACGUUGGCUAUGGUGGAAGAAUGAUUCAAGCUAAAGAUGUAUUAGCAUAUGCUCGAAAUUUACCUGAAAUGUUCCAUCAUUAUAGUACUAAAAGUUGGGCAGAUGCUAAAAAAUAUUAA